AGACCACCGAUUGCAAAACAACACUUAACACUUAACAUUUUACCUGCUUUUUUGCCUUCCCGCAGCGUUGAUAUCGCAAAUAUAUAAAUUUUCCGGUUACAGAAGGCCAUUAGAAGUUGGCAAGUACCAAAAAAAACACAAGAAUUUGCGCAAAACCAUCGGGCCAAAGCCAUCUAUCGAAAGCAGAUCGCUCUUCACUAAGAGAGCAACUAAAUAAGUGUUGAAUUUCAUAAAAUUGCGUUGUAUGUGGUUUGCCGAAAAUUUGGCAAAAAACAAAAGCGAUUUAGAGGAUUUAUUGCAGACGCAAGUAAUUUGCAGUGAUUUGCACGCAGAAUUUGGCGCUACUUUCUGAAGAUUUGCAUUUUUUGCGCAAAUAUAAAAACAGCUCGUUUUUUAUUUUUUGCUUGGCCACAAGAGUUUUCACAAUAACAACAACAAGGCAGCGAAAAACGUGGUAAACUAAGCAUCCUUUGUUAUUGCUAUUGUUGUACAAAUUUCUGGGAAGAAACGAACCAAAACCAAGAUGCCCAAGCGCGGCGGCGGCGGAGGAGGCGGCGGUGGCCAGCGGUACAACAACAACAACGUCGGCAAUGGGGGCGGACGUUACUCCGUUCUCGAGGAUUUCGAUGAAGUAGAGGAUCGCCAACGACGCAAGGAUCGUAACAAACGUCGCGUCAGCUUUAAACCCUCGCAGUUUCCGCACAACAAAAAGGACAUCAAGCUGCGUCCCGAGGAUCUACGCCGCUGGGACGAGGACGACGACAUGAGCGACAUGACCACAACCGUCAGGCAGGAUCGACCCACCUCCCGGCGACGUGGAUCGCCCAUUCCGCGCGGCAAGUUUGGCAAACUGAUGCCCAACAGCUUUGGCUGGUAUCAAGUGACGUUGCAAAAUGCACAGAUCUACGAAAAGGAAGCCAUUUUGCGUGCCUUAUUGGCAGCAAUGUCGCCGCAUGCCUUCAUACCGCAAUAUUGGCGAGCGGAGCGCAACUGCGUGGUCUUCUUCACCGACGACUACGAGGUGGCCGAGCGCAUCCAGCAUCUGGGCAAGCACGCCCAGCUACCCGAUGGAUACAGGCUAAUGCCGCGUGUGCGCAGCGGUAUACCACUGGUGGCCAUCGACGAUGCCUUCAAGGAGGCAAUGAAGGUGACCAUGGCCAAGCGUUACAAUGUACAGACCAAGGCACUGGAUCUCUCCCGCUUCCAUGCCGAUCCCGAUCUCAGGCAGACCUUUUGCCCACUCUUCCGGCAAAACGUGAUGAGCGCCGCCAUCGACAUUAUCUGCGACAAUAUACCCGAUCUGGAGGCCAUUAACCUGAAUGAGAACAAUAUGACCAGCAUGGAGGCCUUCAAAGGUGUGGAGAAGCGCAUACCGAACCUCAAGAUUCUCUAUUUGGGGGAUAAUAAGAUACCAUCACUAGCCCAUCUUGUGGUCUUUCGCAACCUGUCCAUUCUGGAACUUGUCUUAAAGAACAAUCCGUGCCGUUCCCGCUAUAAGGACACGCAGCAUUUUAUCAGCGAAGUACGUCGCAAGUUCCCCAAACUGAUCAAGUUGGAUGGGGAGACACUGGCGCCGCAGGUCACCUUUGAUAUAACCGAGCAGGGACGCAUUCUCGAGACGAAGGCCUCCUUCCUGUGCGACAACGCUGGCGCCGAGGUGGUGCGCCAGUUCCUGGACCAGUAUUUCCGCAUAUUCGAUUCGGACAACCGCCAAUCCCUGCUGGAUGCCUACCACGAGAACGCAAUGCUGUCCAUAACGAUGCCGUCGGCCAAUCAGGCGGGCAGGCUGAACAGCUUCUGGAAAUUCAAUCGCAACCUGCGUCGAUUGGUGAACGGCGAAGAAAACCGCACUCGCCACCUGAAGUACGGACGCCUGGCCUGCGUUUCCACGCUGGACGAAUGGCCAAAGACGAUUCACGAGCGUCGCACCUUCACCGUCGACCUGACCAUUUUCAAUACUUCCAUGAUGGUGUUCACGGUGACGGGAUUGUUCAAGGAGCUGAACAGCGAGGCCAGCACCUCCUCCUCCAUGUCCACGCACUACGAGCUGCGCCACUUUGCCCGCACCUACGUGGUGGUGCCGCAGAACACCGGCUACUGCAUCCGCAACGAGACCAUCUUCAUCACGAACGCCUCGCAGGAGCAGGUGCGUGAGUUCAAGCGCUCGCAGCACCAGCCGGCUCCGGGGUCCAUGGCCAGCACUUCGUCGACGGCGACCAGCGCGCAGUCGCAGCCUGUGACGACGGGUCUGCAGGGUCGUCUGAAUCCGGUGGGCGUGGCGACUGGGCCGGUGGCCAUUUUGCCAGGACCACCGAUUGCAUCCAGCGCACCGGUGAGCAGCGGCAGUGCCGCCAUAUCGACAGGAGCAUUGGCUCCCAGUGGCGCACCAGCAGCGGGAUUGCAGGAUGAAAACACCAAAAUGCAGAUGAUCCAAGCCAUGAGCGCGCAAAGCCAAAUGAAUGUGCUCUGGAGCCGCAAAUGCCUGGAGGAAACGAAUUGGGAUUAUAAUCAUGCCGCCUUCGUUUUCGAGCAACUCUUUAAGGAAAACAAAAUACCGCCCGAGGCUUUUGUCAAGUAAAUCGACAGACAUUUGAGCAGCCCCCGAAGAACAGAGCCAAGUGCCACACGUAUACAAAAUCAAAUGUUUUUGUUUAUUUGUUUUUGUUUUGUAAUUAAAUACUUAUAAUUAAUUUUUUUUAGAGUCACAUCUAAAUUGUAAUGAACUGAGAAGUUGUGCGCACAUGCGGGCAGUGGCGAUUGUUAGCCCCCAACUCUGCGGGCCAUGAGCCACAACUAUCCCAGCCUUUGAUAGGUAUAUAUUUAACUAGCUUUAAGUUCCGUAUGCAGAACCCCUGGCCAACUUAAAAACUUGAGCGCCAGGUCGAUGUAUCUGCCAACGGUUAUCCCUUUUAGAAUUUAAAACUGUUUUAUAUCCCUAAGAAACCACACACAAAAAAAAAGAAGAAAAUACACAAUAAUUCUGUAUACAACAAUGUUGUCGAAACAAACGCAAAAACAAUUAUUAUUUAACCACAAAAAAAGAAACCCUAAACAAGCCCCACCAAGGCUUUCCUGGAAACGGCGAUGUCUGGAAGUGCAUGUGUUGCGCCAAUCCCAAGUAUCCAAUUAUGCCCAUUCCGCCUUCCCUGCUCCUCAAGUAGCCUUAACUUUUGUACACAAAGACCAUCGAACGAAAACAAACACUUUGUUUAACUACAACAAAUAAACAUUUAUUAAUAGUGACAUUGGACUAAAAAUAAUAAUGACCACUGUGUAAAUUUUGUAAUGACUCAGAAACCAACAUUACCUUUAUUCCUUAAUAGCAAAAAUAAUAACAUUAAAUGCUUAGUCCUAAGUCCACUUGAAUUUAAGUUUGUGUGGUAUAUAGGAUUAUAUACAUGAAUACAAUAAGUGUAGAAUCAUAAAUAAAUUGAUCAGAAUCGAAUGAGAA